AUGAUUCGUAAAAUAAAUUUUCUGGCGAAGAUAUCAUUGACGAUUCAACCUCGAGGAGGAAGAUGGGAUGGUGAAAGUGGUGAUGAUGUGAAUAUGUGUUUUGGGCGAAAUGAAAAUGAGAUUGGGGUUACAGUGAGAUCACGGGUUCUGUUUGAUGUUAAUGGUGAGGGUUUUGGUAAUGGUUUCACGAUAUGUUGGUUUCGAGCUUGUGAAGAACCUCGUUAG